AGCGCUGCGGAAGCGGUUCCGGAGUCAGCGGCGGCAGGAUGGCGGCCGACACGCAGGUUUCUGAGACACUGAAGCGCUUUGCGGGGAAGGUGACGACAGCCAGCGUGAAGGAGCGGAGAGAAAUCCUUGGUGAACUGGGCAAGUGUGUUGCUGGAAAAGAUCUGCCAGAGGGAGCAGUGAAAGGGCUGUGCAAGUUGUUCUGCUUGACUCUGCAUCGAUACAGAGAUGCAGCCUCUCGUCGAGCCCUGCAGGCAGCCAUCCAGCAGUUGGCUGAGGCUCAGCCGGAGGCCACUGCUAAGAACCUCCUGCACUCCCUACAAUCUUCAGGCAUUGGCUGCAAAACAGGAGUUCCCAGUAAGAGCAGUGGCUCGGCCGCCUUGCUGGCCCUGACCUGGACCUGCCUUCUGGUGCGUAUCGUCUUUCCCUCGAAAGGCAAACGCCAAGGAGACACCUGGAACAAACUGGUGGAGGUUCAGUGUCUGCUACUGUUGGAGGUGCUGGGCGGCUCCCACAAGCACGCUGUGGAUGGUGCCUUGAAGAAACUAACGAAACUAUGGAAAGAGAACCCCGGGCUGGUGGAGCAGUACUUGUCCGCCAUUCUCAGCUUGGAACCCAACCAGAACUAUGCUGGCAUGCUGGGGCUGCUGGUGCAGUUCUGCACCAACCACAAGGAGAUGGAUGUGGUCAAUCGGCACAAGAGUGUUCUGCUGGAUUUCUAUAUGAAGAAUGUCCUGAUGAGCAAAGUGAAGCCGCAGAAGUACCUGCUGGAUAACUGCACCCCUCUGCUCCGGUACAUGUCCCACUCGGAAUUUAAGGAGCAGAUACUACCUACUAUACAGAAGUCCUUACUGCGGAGCCCGGAGAAUGCCAUUGAAACUAUCUCCAGUCUGCUGGCAUCAGUGACCCUUGAUCUCAGCCAGUAUGCCCUGGACAUUGUCAAAGGACUGGCUGGUCAGCUGAAAUCCAACAGCCCUCGCCUGAUGGAUGAAGCGGUGCUGGCGCUGCGGAACCUGGCCCGCCAGUGCAGUGACUCCUCAGCCAUGGAGGCCCUGACCAGGCAUCUGUUCGCAAUCCUUGGAGGCUCGGAAGGAAAACUGACCAUUGUAGCCCAGAAGAUGAGCGUCCUCUCAGGAAUUGGAAGCAUCAGUCAGCACGUGGUGUCUGGGCCUUCCAGUCAAGUGCUGAAUGGGACUGUGGCUGAGCUGUUUAUUCCGUUUCUCCAGCAAGAAGUUCACGAAGGCACCUUGGUACAUGCCGUGUCUGUCCUGGCUCUCUGGUGUAACCGAUUCACCACAGAAGUGCCCCGGAAGCUCACCGACUGGUUCAAGAAAGCGUUCAGCCUUAAGACGUCCACCUCCGCAGUGAGGCAUGCCUACCUGCAGUGCAUGCUGGCCUCCUUCCGAGGUGAUACACUUCUGCAGGCGCUGGACUUGGUGCCCUUGCUCAUCCAGACAGUGGAGAAGGCAGCCUCCCAAAGCACUCAGGUUCCCACGGUCACCGAGGGCGUUGCCGCAGCCCUGCUGCUCUCCAAGCUCUCAGUCGCUGACGCACAAGCAGAGACCAGACUGAGCAGUCUCUGGCAGCUGAUUGUGGAUGACAAGAAGCAGAUUUUCACGUCUGAGAAAUUCCUGCUUAUGGCUUCAGAGGAUGCUUUGUGCACCGUGUUGCAGCUCACAGAGAGACUUCUUCUCGACCACCCGCAUAGACUGACCGGCAACAGCGUCCAGCAGUACCACCGGGCCCUGGUGGCCGUGCUCCUGAGCCGGACCUGGAAUGUGCGCAGGCAAGCGCAGCAGACUGUCCGGAAGCUGCUCUCCUCCCUCGGGGGCUUUAAGCUGGCUCACGGACUGCUGGAGGAGAUGCAGGCUGUCCUGAGCUCUCACAAGCUGCUGCCCUUAGAUGCUCCAGUGACUGAAGCUGGGGAAGUGACUGAGACGGGCAAGGCGUACGUGUCCCCACGAGUCCUGCAGGAGGCUCUUUGUGUCAUCUCUGGAGUGCCAGGGCUCAAGGGAGAUGCCACCAACACCGAACAACUGGCGCGGGAGAUGCUGAUUAUCUCCCAUCACCCGUCCUUAGUGGCAGUGCAGUCGGGACUGUGGCCAGCGCUUCUUGCCAGGAUGAAGAUUGAUCCCGAAGCCUUCAUCACCAGGCACCUGGAUCAGAUCAUUCCCAGGAUCACCACACAGAAUCCACUUAAUCAGUCUUCCAUGAACGCCAUGGGCUCCCUUUCCAUCCUGUCCCCGGAUCGUGUCCUGCCACACCUCAUCAGCACCAUCACUGCCUCCGUGCAGAAUCCAGCGUUCUGUCUGGUGACGCGGGAGGAGUUUGCCAUCAUGCAGACCCCUGCCGGGGAGCUGUACGACAAAUCCAUCAUCCAGAGUGCCCAGCAGGACAGUAUCAAAAAGGCCAAUAUGAAGCGAGAGAACAAAGCUUAUUCCUUCAAGGAGCAGAUCAUUGAACUGGAGCUGAAGGAGGAGAUAAAGAAGAAGAAAGGCAUCAAAGAGGAGGUGCAGCUGACCAGUAAGCAGAAGGAGAUGCUGCAGGCCCAGCUGGACAAGGAGGCGCAGAUACGCAGGCGGCUGCAAGAGCUGGACGGGGAACUGGAGACUGCUCUUGGAUUGUUGGACUCCAUCCUGGCCAAGAACCCCUCAGCCCUGACUCAGUACAUUCCGGUUUUGGUGGACUCUUUCUUACCCUUGCUGAAAUCUCCGCUGGCUGCCCCCAGGAUCAAGAACCCUUUCCUGGCCUUGGCUGCCUGUGUGAUGCCCCCGAGACUCAAGGCUUUGGGCACUUUGGUGAGCCAUGUGACGCUGCGCCUGCUGAAGCCAGAGUGUGCUCUUGAUAAGUCCUGGUGCCAGGAAGACCUGCCAGUGGCUGUGAAGAGGGCCGUGACUCUGCUGCAUACCCACACCACCCCCAGCAGGAUGGGCAAGGGCGAGCCAGGUGCUGCGCCCUUGUCCGCACCAGCCUUCUCCUUAGUCUUCCCGUUGCUGAAGAUGGUGCUGACUGAGAUGCCCCACCACAGUGAGGAGGACGAGGAGCGAAUGGCCCAGAUUCUUCAGAUCCUCACCGUGCACUCCCAGCUGAGGGCCUCCCCUGGCACCCCGCCUGGCCGUGUGGAUGAGAAUGGCCCGGAAUUGCUGCCUCGAGUGGCCAUGCUGCGUCUCCUGACGUGGGUGAUCGGGACAGGCUCCCCCCGCCUUCAGGUCCUGGCAGCAGACACCCUGACCACCCUGUGUGCCAGCAGCAGCGGCGAGGAGGGCUGUGCCUUUGCAGAGCAAGAGGAGGUGGACGUGCUGCUCAGUGCCUUGCAGUCCCCAUGUGCCAGCGUGCGGGAGACUUCACUCCGGGGGCUGAUGGAACUGCACAUGGUGUUGCCAGCACCUGAUACUGACGAGAAGAAUGGCUUGAACCUUCUGCGGAGGCUCUGGGUGGUCAGGUUUGACAAGGAGGAGGACAUCAGGAAGCUGGCUGAGAGGUUGUGGUCGACCAUGAACCUCAAUCUGCAGCCAGACCUCUGCUCCUUGCUGAUUGAUGAUGUAAUCUAUCAUGAGGCAGCUGUGAGGCAGGCUGGAGCUGAUGCCCUCUCUCAGGCGGUGGCAUGUUACCAGCACAAGGCAGCAGAGGUGAUGGGCAGGCUCAUGGAGAUCUACCAGGAGAAGCUCUAUCGGCCACCGCCAGUGCUGGAUGCUUUGGGACGAGUUAUUUCUGAAUCUCCUCCAGAUCAGUGGGAAGCCAGGUGUGGCUUGGCCUUGGCCCUGAAUAAACUCUCCCAGUAUUUGGACAGUUCUCAGGUGAAGCCACUCUUUCAGUUUUUUGUCCCUGAUGCUCUCAAUGACCGAAACCCAGAUGUCCGAAAGUGCAUGUUAGAUGCAGCCCUUGCAACACUGAACACCCAUGGAAAGGAGAAUGUCAACUCGCUGCUGCCAGUAUUUGAGGAAUUCCUGAAGAAUGCGCCCAAUGAUGCCAGCUAUGAUGCCGUGCGGCAGAGUGUGGUGGUUCUGAUGGGCUCUCUGGCAAAGCACCUGGACAAGAGCGACCCCAAAGUGAAGCCCAUUGUUGCCAAGCUUAUUGCUGCCCUCUCCACACCCUCCCAGCAGGUGCAGGAGUCCGUGGCGAGCUGCCUGCCGCCCCUUGUGCCAGCCAUCAAGGAGGAUGCCGGGGGGAUGAUCCAAAGGCUCAUGCAACAGCUUUUGGAGUCAGACAAGUAUGCAGAGCGCAAAGGGGCCGCCUACGGCCUGGCAGGCCUGGUGAAGGGCCUGGGCAUCCUGUCACUGAAGCAGCAGGAAAUGAUGGCAGCGCUGACUGAUGCCAUCCAGGACAAGAAGAACUUCCGCCGGCGAGAGGGAGCCCUGUUUGCCUUUGAGAUGCUCUGCACCAUGCUGGGCAAGCUUUUCGAGCCCUAUGUGGUUCAUGUGCUGCCCCACCUGUUGCUUUGCUUCGGGGACGGAAACCAGUACGUGCGUGAGGCUGCAGAUGAUUGUGCCAAAGCUGUAAUGAGCAACCUGAGUGCUCACGGGGUGAAGCUGGUGCUCCCCUCCCUGCUGGCGGCCCUGGAGGAGGAGUCCUGGAGGACCAAAGCCGGGUCAGUGGAACUGCUUGGGGCCAUGGCAUACUGUGCUCCCAAGCAGCUGUCGUCCUGCCUGCCCAACAUUGUGCCCAAGCUCACAGAGGUGCUGACAGACUCCCACGUCAAAGUUCAGAAGGCGGGACAGCAGGCCCUCCGGCAGAUUGGCUCUGUCAUCAGGAACCCGGAGAUUCUGGCCAUUGCCCCAGUGCUGCUGGACGCCCUGACGGACCCCUCAAGAAAGACCCAGAAGUGCCUGCAGACCCUACUGGACACCAAGUUUGUCCAUUUCAUUGAUGCCCCAUCCCUGGCGCUCAUCAUGCCCAUCGUCCAGAGAGCCUUCCAGGACCGUUCUACAGACACACGGAAGAUGGCAGCGCAGAUUAUUGGCAACAUGUACUCCCUGACAGAUCAGAAGGACUUGGCUCCUUACCUGCCCAGUGUAACACCUGGUCUGAAAGCCUCUCUUCUGGACCCCGUGCCUGAGGUGCGCACUGUGUCUGCCAAGGCUCUGGGGGCCAUGGUGAAGGGCAUGGGAGAGUCCUGUUUUGAGGACUUGCUGCCGUGGCUGAUGGAGACGCUGACCUAUGAACAGAGUUCUGUGGAUCGUUCUGGUGCUGCACAAGGGUUGGCUGAGGUCAUGGCUGGCUUGGGAGUAGAGAAGUUGGAGAAGCUGAUGCCAGAAAUUGUGGCUACAGCCAGUAAAAUGGACAUUGCACCUCAUGUUCGAGAUGGCUACAUUAUGAUGUUCAACUACCUGCCCAUCACCUUUGGGGACAAGUUCACUCCCUAUGUGGGACCCAUCAUCCCCUGUAUCCUCAAAGCUCUGGCAGAUGAGAAUGAGUUUGUGCGUGACACUGCCCUGCGUGCAGGCCAGCGGGUCAUCUCCAUGUACGCCGAGACGGCUAUCGCGUUGCUGCUGCCCCAGCUGGAGCAAGGCCUCUUUGACGACCUCUGGAGAAUUCGGUUCAGUUCCGUUCAGCUCCUCGGGGAUCUCCUGUUCCACAUCUCGGGGGUCACUGGGAAGAUGACAACAGAAACUGCCUCUGAGGAUGAUAACUUUGGGACCGCACAAUCCAACAAGGCUAUCAUCACUGCCCUGGGAGUGGAUCGCCGGAACCGGGUGCUAGCAGGGCUGUACAUGGGCCGCUCCGACACCCAGCUGGUGGUGCGGCAGGCAUCCCUGCACGUCUGGAAGAUUGUCGUCUCCAAUACCCCUCGCACCUUGCGAGAGAUCCUGCCUACCCUCUUUGGGCUCCUGCUGGGUUUCCUGGCCAGCACUUGUGCAGAUAAAAGAACGAUUGCAGCGAGGACACUGGGUGAUCUCGUGCGGAAGUUAGGGGAGAAGAUCCUCCCCGAGAUCAUCCCCAUCCUCGAAGAGGGCCUGAGGUCCCCGAAGAGUGACGAGAGGCAGGGCGUGUGCAUCGGCCUGAGCGAGAUCAUGAAGUCCACCAGCCGCGACGCUGUGCUGUAUUUCUCAGAGUCCCUUGUGCCCACGGCCAGGAAGGCUUUGUGUGACCCGCUGGAGGAGGUCCGCGAGGCGGCCGCCAAGACCUUCGAGCAGCUGCACUCCACCAUUGGCCACCAGGCUCUAGAGGACAUCCUCCCGUUUUUACUGAAGCAGCUGGAUGACGACAAGGUGUCGGAAUUUGCCCUGGAUGGUCUGAAGCAAGUUAUGGCCAUUAAGAGCCGCGUGGUGCUGCCUUACCUCGUGCCCAAGCUGACAACUCCACCUGUCAACACGCGAGUGUUGGCUUUCCUUUCAUCCGUGGCAGGCGACGCCCUGACCCGCCAUCUUGGAGUGAUCCUCCCGGCAGUCAUGUUGGCCCUGAAGGAGAAGCUUGGGACUCCCGAUGAGCAACAGGAGAUGGCCAAUUGUCAGGCUGUGAUCCUCUCUGUGGACGACGACACUGGGCACCGGAUCAUCAUCGAGGAUCUGCUGGAAGCCACUCGUAGCCCUGAGGUGGGCAUGAGGCAGGCUGCUGCCAUCAUCCUCAACAUGUACUGUUCCCGCUCCAAGGCUGACUACACCAGCCACCUGCGGAGCCUGGUCUCGGGCCUGAUCCGCCUCUUCAAUGAUUCCAGCCCCGUGGUUCUCGAGGAGAGCUGGGAUGCCCUGAAUGCCAUCACAAAGAAGCUGGAUGCUGGCAACCAGCUGGCACUGAUCGAAGAGCUGCACAAAGAAAUCCGGUUCGUGGGGAAUGAGAGCAAAGGGGAGCACGUGCCAGGAUUCUGCCUUCCCAAGAAGGGAGUAACCUCCAUCCUGCCAGUGUUGCGGGAGGGAGUGCUGACUGGCAGCCCCGAGCAGAAAGAGGAAGCAGCCAAAGCCCUGGGCCUGGUGAUCCGCCUUACCUCGGCCGACGCCCUGCGGCCCUCGGUGGUCAGCAUCACUGGUCCUCUCAUCCGCAUCCUGGGCGACCGCUUCAGCUGGAACGUAAAGGCAGCCUUGCUGGAGACCCUCAGCCUCCUGUUGGGCAAGGUGGGGAUUGCCCUGAAGCCUUUCCUGCCCCAGCUGCAGACCACGUUCACCAAGGCUCUGCAGGACACCAACCGAGGGGUGCGCCUCAAGGCCGCUGAUGCACUGGGGAAGCUCAUUUCCAUCCACGUCAAGGUGGACCCCCUCUUCACAGAGCUGCUCAAUGGGAUCCGUGUCAUGGAGGACCCAGGCAUCAGGGACACCAUGCUGCAGGCCCUGAGAUUUGUCAUUCAGGGAGCAGGCGCCAAAGUGGAUGCUGCCAUCCGGAAAAGCAUCAUCUCGCUCCUGCUGAGCAUGCUGGGACAUGAUGAGGACAACACUCGAAUCUCCUCGGCAGGGUGCCUUGGCGAGCUGUGUGCCUUUUUGACAGAAGAGGAGCUUAGCAAUGUUCUUCAGCAGUGCUUGCUGGCGGAUGUGUCUGGCAUUGACUGGAUGGUUCGGCAUGGCCGGAGCCUGGCACUCUCCGUGGCUGUGAACGUGGCUCCCGGCAGACUCUGUGCAGGCAGAUACGGCAAUGAAGUACAGGAGAUGAUCCUCAGCAGUGCCAUGGCAGACAGGAUCCCCAUUGCAGUGAGCGGGGUCCGGGGCAUGGGCUUCCUGAUGAGGUACCACAUUGAGACUGGAGGAGGACAGUUGCCGGCCAGACUCUCCAGUCUGUUCAUUAAGUGUCUGCAGAACCCAUCCAGUGACAUCAGGCUGGUGGCUGAGAAGAUGAUCUGGUGGGCAAACAGGGACCCACUGCCUGCCCUGGAUCCCCAGACCAUCAAGCCCAUCCUGAAGGCCCUUCUUGACAACACCAAGGACAAGAACACGGUUGUGAGGGCCUACAGCGACCAGGCGAUCGUCAACCUCCUCAAGAUGCGCCAAGACGAAGAAGUCUUUCAGGCCGUCUCCAAGAUCCUAGAUGUGGCCAGUUUGGAAGUUCUGAGUGAAUGUAAUCGGAGGUCGCUGAAGAAGCUGGCCAGCCAGGCUGACCCCACGGAGCAAGUGGAUGACACCAUUCUGACAUGAUAGGCCUGGGCUGCGCCGCAGCGCUUCAGCUCCGCAUCCCUGCUCAAUGUUUUCAUUUUUGAAAAUCACGCUUGUUCCGAUGGGGAGCUUGGGGCUGGUGUUCCCAGGAAGUAUCUGUCAGCAGACCACAGCAAAAGCCUUAAAUCAAACCCACACACAACUGAAAAUUGCCUCCUCCAUCUUGCCCCUUUCUGUGGAGAAGAAGGAGAAGUGCGCUGACGCCUCAGCAGGUGACAUUCCGCGGGCUGACCACCAGUCCGCACUGAGGAGUCUGGAACCUCGGGGGCACCUUGGAGUGCCUCUUCUCCUGUCCCUGAGCCCUGGUGAAGGGCCAGUGCUACCCACCUUCCACUAGAUCCUCCAGUGGGGCACCGAACUGCAGAGGACUAAACAGUGUGGUGUGUUUUGGCUUGAUUUUUCAAUACUGGGCAGCUUGGCUGGGGCUGACCCCAUCAGUGAAAACAGUACUCACACAUUUCCGGCAGCUCAUGAGUCUGGGGAGGGAUCGGAGUUUACCUGCAGGCCGUUUGAAGGAGGAAUGUUUAAUAAAGGCUUUGAUUUAA